UGGAAUAAUGUCGGCGGUGGUACCGAAGGUGUACCGAUUUUCGGAGUUGGGGAGCUCGCUGAAUAGCGCGUUGACGAAGAUGGUGCAGGAAGGGAAGAUCACGGAGGAGCAGAAGGAAUUGGUUAUGUUGAAGUUUGAUAAUUCGAUGUCACAAGAACUGAGUAGGAGGCGAAAUGAAUUACCUAGGGCACAGUUACGAGGAGAUAUUCAGUUUUACAAGCGCUUGUACGAUACUUGGUCUUUUUCUUUACUAAAUUGGUGUAUGGAUGUUGAAGGCAGUGAGAGUUACACGGAGCAGACAGCAAAAUUCUUUUCGACCCUUGCACCCAAGUUGUCGUUUGUUUGUUUAAAAAAACACUCCAGUGAUGAUGUCUGCGAUGCUUAUGGUGUCGAUGUCUUCGACUUCUGCUGUCGCUGCGACUUCGACUUCGACUUCGACUUCUGCUGUCGCUGCGACUUCGACUUCGACUUCGACUGCGACUGCGACUUCUGCUGUGUUCCCUUUCUCUUUGAUGACUUUUACUUUCACUUCCACACCGCUCUCGUUUCUCUCGGUCAGGAGCCCGGAUGA